AUGGGCUUAUUAUCUGGUAUAAUGGAUGUGGAAGUAGAUAACGUAGGUCCUGAAAUUGUGGAAGACGAAAUUGAAGCAGCGAUAAGUCCAUUGGAAGACAAGAAAGCAGAUGGAAUUGAUGAAAUACCGGCAGAGCUGUUGAAGAAACUUGAAGCUAGUGCUAAAAAGGAAUUGAUACGAAUAUGUCAGGAUAUGUAUGAAAAAGGAGAAUGGUCAAGAGAUUUCACCAAAGCUAUAAUUAGUAAACUAGAAGAAACUGAUGGAAAUAUUGGCGAAGAUUGGAAAGAUCGAAGGCUCAUAAAGAAUUUGUACCUAAAUCAAGAAGCUAUUGUAAGAGUGGCAGACGGAAUGUCAGAACCGGCAGUAAUUGGGCGUGGAGUAAGACAAGGCUGCCUGCUUUCGCCGUUACUAUUUUCAAUCUACGUUGAAAUGAUGAUGAUAGAAGCGAUGGAAGAUGUCAGUGCAGGAAUCAAAGUUGGAGAUAAAAAAAUAUGUAAAUUAAUUGAACAAGUGCUAAAAGAAAGAGCAUAUUUAGAAUCCGAUCAUCAAUUAUAUCGAGUAUGUUUAAUGUACAACAAUCAAAUUAUAGAUGACAACACAUACAACCAGCGAUUUGUCGAAACGUUUCUAGAAUGUCUUACGGAACAAACAAUAUUGUACAUGAUAAUAUUUCCAUCAAAAUUACCAAAAGUCAACGACGAAUUACAGUCAAAACUAAUAUCAAAAGCUUUUAUACCUAUAUUAGAUGAAUAUUAUAUAAAUGAUAAAUUGGAUAACGAUAAAACAGAUAGCACACAAAAUUUAUUUAUUCAUUUUAAACCUAAAUUUACUGACAGAGGAAUAUCUGCAUUAUUUAAAGAAUCUUCUUCUAAACUUGAAACAAAAGCAUAUAAUAACGAAGGAAAAAAUGUUAUCAUUAUUCAGUUUCAACAUAAUAAUUUAAAAAAUUAG